GGCCUAAUGCGUGGUAUAUUGAUGACUUGGUGCAGAGUCCCUUCAGUUCCCACACAAGGCUCCUUGGUCACCAGCGUGCCAUUUGGGAUUCCGCAACCUGUUCUCAAUGCGCCAUAAAUCAGGCAUUGCUAUCCGCUGCAUAUAAAGGGCUCCACCUUUCCCGUAUGGCAAUCGCCCAUUCAACCGAGCAGAGCAAGGAGAAGCUCAAACAGCGAAGGGCGGCAAUGGUGAAGAUACUGGAGAUCGGAGGAGGACCACUCGACGCCGAGGAAGACGACGACUGCUGCGAGAUAGACCCCGCCGAGUUCGCCAAGAAGGUGAACCUCAAAGCAUCAGCCGACGACGAUGUGGUCGUGGUUGCGGCGAAAGGCCCGAUCAAAGUCAAGGUGGAAGUAGAUGGGUCGGAGCAUUCUGCAGAAACCAUCCCUAUCAUCGCCAAUGGUAAUGGUGGCCUGCACGGACGCAUUGCUGGUGAUCGCUUGGAUAACCCCUAUGAGAUUGAAGAAGAUGAACCUACUAUCCAUCAGAUGGAGCCUCUUGAGGCCAAGCCUGAUGUCAAAAGCACCCCUGUCGAGCCACUGCUGGUGAUGUCCGAUUCCGAACUGCCCUUUGGGGGGCUCUUCGCUGACAUGUCUCCGGUCAAGCGUGAACCUGAAGAUGGCAAUGGUGCGAACGAGCUCUUCCCUGAAACCAUCCCUGACGUGCUGCUGCCGAAGAGCGUUCCUGUCAUGUUGCCAGUGAAUGGCGAACCUGAAGAUGGCACCAGUGGUGGCGAUGAGCAUGAACUCUCUGAGGAGGAAGUCAUGCCUGAGAUGUCGCUGCUGAAGUGUGACUCUGAAUGCUUCGAGGAGGUCGUCAAUCCUGGCAUGUCACAGGCAAAGUGUGAGACUGAAGGCAAUGCCGGUGCUGUGGAUGAACCCAUCGAGGAGGAAAUCAUCCCUGACAUGUCGCCGCUGAAAUGCGGGUCUGAAUGCUUUGAGGAGGUCGUCAUUCCUGACUUGUCGCCGGUAACGCACAACAGUGGCACGGAUGAACUCUCCAAGGAGAAAACCAUCCCUGCCAUGCCGCUGCUGAAGUCUGAAUCUGAAUACUUUGAGGAUGUUGCUGUUCCUGUCAUGUCGCCGAUAAAGCACAAACCUGAAGACCAUCAUGGUGCUGAAGAGUGUGUCGGAGAAGAGGAUGGGUAUGACCAUCUCCCUGAGAUGGAUAAACUCAGCCCUGAAGGAAGAGUGUUUAAUGAGGAAGACGGUGACGACGUAGUUGUAGUAGCCAAACAGGCUCUUUGAACUGGCUUUCCAGCUUGCUAUAUUACAUCUAUGUAUUAAGUAAUCUGAGCAUGCUUGCAAUGAGAAAUGAUGUUUUAUGCUCCACAAAUAACAGUAGUACUACUAAGUGCAAAUGAUUCAGAUUUUGUGUGACAAGAACUGUUCAAUGUUUUAUGAUGUUGAAUCCAUAUAAAUGUGACAAUAUCUCUGAUAUACUCCAUGAUGAUGAAUAACUAGGUGGCACUGAAAGACUUUCCGCAUCCAAGGCACCUGUGUGGGAAUUACCCAUUUGAUACAACUCCGCACGAGAGCCGUUGUCGCAAGGUAACCUGACUGACUGCCCAUCCAUGAUUGCUUGCAAGCACUCCCUCCCUUCCUAAAUACUCCCUCUGUCUCUACAUAAGUGUCUCAACUUUGUAUUAACUCUAGUAUAAAGUUGUACUCCCUCCGCCUGGAAAUACUUGUCCUACAAAUGGUUGUAUCUAGACUUAUUUUAGUUAUAGAUACAUUCAUUUUCAAUCAUUUCUAGGACAAGUAUUUCCGGACGGAGGGAGUACUAAGCUUGAGACACUUAUUUUGGGACGGAGGGAGUAUAUGUCUUUUUAGAGAUUCCACUAUACUAUGAUAAAUUCCUUUCCAGCAUAAAUAAUUUGCUGUUCUACACAAUGCAGUGUUAUUGCUCUUUGUGUGAGGUGCCUGCCUCCAGUUGUCUAGAGUGGAAAGGAACAGAAGGGCACUGCCAUAGUACCAAGUAAUUUCAGAAUUGUUCUUCAUGCUUCAGUUGGUCACAACAAACAUCAGAUUGUGAGUUCAUCCUGUAUUUUUCUUGGCAAUAAUUGUUAUGUUUGAGCUUUUGACUAACAUUCCAGAUCAAAUCUCAAGUAGUAACAAGACAAGAUUACUGGUAUCAUAACCAGUGAAUGAACAACUUAAAUCAAUUAAUUUCACACAAUUAUUUGUAAUCAAAGUGCAUAGGCUUACAGAUACAUAACCAUCACCAUUUAACUUGUCCCAGAACGACAUGAGGGCCGUUGACAUGGCACCCCACAUUCUUUGGAAUGAAAUGGCAUGAUGGCAGAUCAAUGACUAGAGUUGAUUUUUUCGAACAAAUUCUCACACCAAUUCC